AUAAUUUGGUCUUAAGAAUUACAGCAAAGCACGAUGCAUGGCGUAAAUAUAAUACAUUAUACAUACAUACAUGGUGGUACAUUACAUAUAUUACAUAACAUAAGGGAAGACGACAUAUAAAUACAUAUGGACAUGAUACAAUACUAUCAAACAAAUGAAAGACACCUAGCUUUAGCUAUUAAUCCACUUGCUCAAAACAUAUUCUCUCUCACUCUCUUUCUCUCUAAACAAACAAAUUAAAGCAAUGCCAAGAGUCAUGUGGAAGAGCUUCCAUCUUUGCUUCCCAUCAAAUCUCACCGAGCCCUCUGAAUCUUCUCCUUCCGAUCAUAUUCCCACCUCCGACGAUCCCAACCGUCCAUCCAUUCUUCUCAUCAACAACUUCAACCUCCUCUAUGACGACUCCUCCGCCGCCAGACGCCGCCUAGCUAAGCCUCUCAUCGACGACGUUGUACCCUCUAAUUCCACCUUCACCGCCUCCACAUCCACCGCCGCUAACUCUUCUUCCUCCUCCGCCUCCUACGAUGACAGUGAUACUUACGGUUUUUCCCCUGGCGACGACUCUCCCCCUCCUGACUUAACCACCGUUUUAGCCUCCCGUCGUUUCUUCUUCUCGUCUCCUGGUCGCUCCAACUCGAUCACUGACUCGCCGGACCUCCGCUGCCGUGAUGAUUACGAUACUGCCACUACAACCACUAGGCUUCUGAUCACAGGAGGAACGGCCGUGAAAGAAUACGUGGAAUCCCCUGAUCCUUACAACGACUUCCGGAGAUCAAUGCAGGAGAUGCUGGACGCCGCUACAAACGCCGGAGAUGUUCGCCGUUACGAGUUCUUGCACGAGCUGUUGCACAGUUACCUCUCUUUGAAUGCCGCCGAUACACACAAGUUCAUUAUCAGAGCUUUCGCCGACAUUCUCGUCUCUCUCUUAUCAGACGGCCACCGGAUCAGCUGACGUGUGGCAUAUAUUCUAUGCAUGCUGCCGUGUAACUUAUUGUUAUUCACUUUUGUAACGCGUUAGGACAAAAACAAUUUGAAAGUUAAAUAUGUAAUUAUAGUGUAAUGAUACGAGAAAAUCGAGAGAGGCGUGGGUUUUUGUCUCGAUCGCAUGCUAGUUAAAUUGCUUUUAAUCUUUUUGUUGUUAUUAAUUACCAUUCUAAAUAAAAUCAAGGACACUUUUGCCUGUGAAA